AUGAGGCUCGGACUUCUUGUCCUUCUCAGCCUUGCACUUUGCGCCGCACAAACCACUCAAAGCGAGGACUACAUCCCGGCUCCGUAUUUUGAUGAGGAUGAAAACUUAAGUAUCAAGGACUGUGCAAACGAAACAACUCUGAACCAAUGGGCCGUGUCAGUUAGAAAGAUAGCCUCUGGUUAUGGUAGUCCUUGCCCAGGAAUAGCUAUUUCUAAAAAAACUGUUCUAAUGAGAGGUCAUCGGGUGUUGGUCAAAUUUGCAGAGAGAGUUACGGGCCAAAGCGAUUGCCUAAAAAAUCUGACAGAAAAUCAGCUGGAGAUAGUGAAGGCGCAACAAAUUCCCACUAAAAAUAUUCUCUGUUUGAAAGAUCACGUUCAAGGUUCAAGUAACAUAUUGGUAAAUUUGUACAAGGGAAGAUAUUUUUUGAGAGGAACAAAAUUUGGACCUGGAAAUUUUUACAUCGACAUACUGCCCUACAUUUACGAAAUUGCAAGUAGCACUGGAGAUAUUUCUGCUCUUCAUUCCACCCCGCAGUCAAUUCCAGGAAGACGGUUUAAAACACCAGAUGAGAAGCACAGUUUCCCCAACUGUGGAAUAAAACGGCGCACAAGAAGAACCAAACGAGACCUUGAUGACACACCCGUUGACCAUAUAUUAAGUGGGACUGACGCUGAGGAAAACAGGCACCCGUGGCAUGCUUUCAUCUACAUAGAAAAAUCAAACUCGACAUCGUCAAAAUGUGGUGGCACGCUGAUCUCGCCUAGAGCAGUUUUGACUGCUGCGCAUUGCAUUUACGGAACAAAAGCAACGGAUGUAGUAGAAGUUACUAUUGGGAUCUAUAGUAUGAUGAAGGAAAGUCCUGGAGAGCAAAAUAAAAUUCCCAGCAGAGUGAUUGUGCACCCUGACUACAAUUCAAAUUUUCAUUAUGAUAUCGGUUUGAUGAUCUUUGAUGAGCCGUUUGAAAUUACUGAUAAGGUCCAUCCCAUUUGUUUGUGGAACGAGGACUCCAGUUUGGACCGCGUCGCUGGAAAAUACGCUGUGGUGGUUGGAUUUGGAUAUGCUGCUAACUACUCUGUUCCCGACAUUCUUCAAGAGGCGCAGCUGCCUAUAAAAUCACAUAAAGACUGCUACCUGACGAGCGACCGGAAUUUCUUUGGAAAAAAUCUAUGGCCAGGAGACAAUUUUUGUGCCGGCUAUUUGAACGGAACAACCACGUGCAACGGGGACAGUGGAGGCAGCCUCUCUCUGAAAAGGAUCGGCCGGUGGUUCAUCCGAGGCAUUGUCAGCUUUGGAAAAUCGACAACUGUAAGGAUCAAAGACAAUGACACACGAGUGUGUCAUCCAUAUUACUACUCAUUGUUUACCGACGUUGCAACUUACAUGGACUGGAUUGUUGAUAACACACCGGACAUUUCAUUCAUAAAUUGAGUCUAAUUUUAAAGAAAUAUAAAAAAAUUCUUGAAUUAAGUGAUUUGGCAAUGUAUGCAAUAAAUUUCAUUUAAUCGUUA